CUUGCUAUAUCAGAAUAUAACACUAAUUCCCUCUUCUGCAGUCGUCUAUUGGUUGCCAAUGCUGGAGAUUGUAGAGCAGUUCUGUGCCGAAAAGGGGAGGCUAUUGACAUGUCUCAGGACCACAGACCAAGUUAUGCAUCAGAAAGGAAACGAGUUGAAGAGCUGGGCGGGUUUAUUGAUGAUGGUUAUCUCAAUGGCGUACUAUCAGUAACUCGGGCUUUGGGUGAUUGGGACCUGAAAUUGUCACGGGGCAACCCGUCGCCUCUCAUUGCAGAGCCAGAUGUCCGGCAGAUUGUUCUGACCGAGGAUGAUGAGUUCCUCAUUAUAGCUUGUGAUGGAAUUUGGGAUGUAAUGUCAAGUCAGCAGGCAAUCAGCCUUGUGCGCCGGGGCUUGAGGCGUCAUGAUGACCCCGGGCAGUGUGCUAGAGACCUGGUCAUGGAGGCUCUGCGUCUUAACACUUUUGAUAAUCUCACUGUGAUCAUUGUUUGUUUUACUUCCCUCGAUCACAGGGAAGCAUCACCAACACCUCAGAGAAGAUUAAAAUGUUGUAGCCUUUCUGCAGAAGCCCUCUGUAGCUUAAGGAACUUGUUGGAUGGCGGUGUCAAUCAGUGAAUUUUCAGUCGAACUCGUUCCAAAUGUAUUUUGUGCUGUUUCUGAUUGCUUCAUUAUUAGCAGAAGCAGCAGUUGUGAGCUGGCAGUUUUGUAGGGAAUGUUGUAGUGUUAGCGAUAUUAUUUGAGGGUGGUUGUACAUAAAUUGGCGAGCUUGCGGUGGUGGUGUACUCGAUCAAUAUUAUUAAGAUCUGUUGUGUACUAUUAUGUUUUCUGAUUCUAAUUUUAUUUGA